UUCAAAAUUCAGCCAAGCAACCAGACAAUGGUGCUAAUAUUGAUUCAAAGCCAGGUAACCAGCGCUGCACUGCUGUAUCAUUCAGAUAUUCAGGCAGAUGGACAGAUGUGAACUGCUUUUCCAACAUGCCCUUCAUCUGCUACAGCAGAACCUGCACACAAUCCUCAUGCAACCAACGUCAGUAUCACUUUAUUUCUGAGUCAAAGAGCUGGUCUGAAGCUCAGACAUACUGCAAACAGAAUUACAUUGAUCUGGCCACCAUUGAUAACAUGACAGAGAUGAACAAACUCAUUAAAACCGUACGAGGGAUUUACUUUGGUUCAGCCUGGAUUGGAUUGUAUGAUGAUCUGAACAACUGGAGAUGGUCUCUGGGAAACACAGAGUUAGGAGGAGGUUUUAAUAGCUGGUAUGUUCGGCAACCAACAAACUGGAAUGGACAGAGUCUCUGUGUGUCCAUGACGUUUGAUAGGGGAUGGUGGAUUGAACUGGAUUGCUAUAUUCACCUUUCUUUUGUUUGCUAUGAUGGAAGACAGAAUGCCAGUGAAAGUUAUGUGUAUGUUGACGAAUACAAAACCUGGACUGAAGCUCUGAGUUAUUGCAGAGAACAUCACACAAACCUUGUCAGUAUCAGGAAUGAGAUUGAAAGCCUAAGGAUUCAUUCAUUAAUUCCAAUUAACAGCUACGUUUGGAUUGGUCUGUACAGAACCAGAUCUUGGUCAGAUCAGAGUAACUCUACAUUCAGUAACUGGAGGACUGGAGAACCGAAUAAUGCUGGAGGCAAUGAACACUGCACUGCUGUUUCAUUUGGUGAUGCUGAGGAUUGGACGGAUGAAAACUGUAAUUAUCAGUUACCUUUCAUUUGCUACAGCGUGUCCUCUUUGGCGUCAUCCCGUCAGUAUCACUUUAUAUCAGCGAAUAAGAGCUGGUCUGAAGCUCAGACAUAUUGCAGACAGAAUUACAUUGAUCUGGCCACCAUUGAUAACAUGACAGAGAUGAACAGUGUGAUGAACAAAGUUAAUGGGAGUAAUAAUGGAUCAGCCUGGAUUGGACAGUAUGAUGAUGUCAACAGCUGGAGAUGGUCACUGGAUGAUGAUGAUUUCUAUCAAGAAGAAGAGAGAGAAUUCAGAAACUGGUUUCAUGAACCAAACAACUAUUUAGGCAAUGAACUGUGUGUUGUUCUGGAUUACAACGGAAACUGGGCUGAUAUUUCAUGUGACAGUUCUCAAUCAUUUCUUUGUUAUGAUGAACAAAUGUAUUGA